GCCCUAGGGUUAGGUCAAUGGCGUGUGGAGAGGAUGAUCUUCCCGACGAUGUGCUCGCCCGGAUCCUGUCUCUAAUCGUCUCCUCGCGCCACUUGUAUUGGUGCAGUCUGGUGAGCAAGAGGUGGGCGCGCCUGGCAAAGCUCGUCACACAUUUCAGCCUGGAGGAUGAGCAGUACGGCUUCCUUUCCUGGUUUGACAGCAGCGCCAGCAAUCUCCGCUCCUUGUCCGUUCACAGCGCUCCACGCUCUUCCCUUGGCUGGCUACCGGCGAUCGGAAAAACUCUUCACUCCCUUACGAUCAGCGUCGAUGUGGAUGGCUUCUGGUCCAGCAUUGUCGCCUGCCAGCAGCUGCGGUGCCUCCACAUCAUCAACGAUGUCAAGCUUGGCGGCGCGAUCACCACGACGACGGCAGCGGCUCCAAUGCUUCCCAGUCUCAUCUACUGCGUCAUGCUCACAGGCUUGGACGUGGGCACAAUGCAGCAGCUCCUCGCCUUGUGCCCCUCGCUCGUCUACAUCCAGCUCAUGCUGCUGCUGGUGGAGUCGCCCGGGACGUAUUUGCUCAAGAGCCACAGCCUCGACUGUCUUGCAUUGCGUGGCAAGAGCGUCGCCAACUUCUCUCUCGCCCUGGACAUGCCCAAGCUCAGGUGGAUGUUCGUCAGCGCGGUGCCGCGCCUGGAGCUGCGCCUGGAGCUCUUGCCGUCUACGUGCAACGUCGAGUGGAUCAAGCCGCACACGGGCGUGCGGAUCAUCCAGGGCCUGCGCAUGUCCAAGCUCAACAAGUUAACGUUCACAAACACCUGCCAAAGCGCUGCCGAUGUCACGCAAAUUCUCAAGCGUUUUGUUUGCCAACCGUCGGCCGUGAGUGGCAUCACGCGGCUUGACUUGUUUGUGAAAUCGUCCAUCUUCGACCCGGGGUCCCUCAACCUUGCGCAGCUUCUGGAGCCAUUCCCCGCCCUCGAGGUGUUCACACUUUCUCACUCGUCCAUCAAGUGCCUGAGCCUCGACAAGUGGAGCAGCAGGGAGGCUCCAUUGUGUGUCCGCAUUGAGGUGGCCUGCGGAAUAGCGGGGUGGGCGCGCGACGAGAUCAGCUUUGUGCGGGAGCUCGUGGAGAGCAGCAGCUGCGUGACACGCCUGGACGUGAGCGGGGUUGUGUACGCUACCAAAAAGCCGCCCAAGUUUCGGACCCAGAUACCUCGCGCGAUCGUCAAGCUCGGCGAGGAGUUCUCAGGGCGUGUCAAGGUCCAUCCCAUCCGGUUUGUGCCGCGGCGCUGUGAUGUCAUCUGGCGCUGCAUGAAGGCCAAGUUUGAUUCGGAGGCGCCUUACACUGCGAUCCACCAUCGGUGCACUUAUUUUGACGACACCACGGAGGUGUGCGUAUGAGUGGUCUUUUUUUUUUUG